CAGCUGGAUCACUUCACUUUCCUUUUUCAGCAAUUGUCAGCAACAGAGAACUAGCUUUACCAAAAAAAUGAUCUCCAUUUUCUACUGCUCACUAACUGCCUUUGUGUUAGCUGGUGUUCAAGGCUGGUCCUAUCAUUAUUCAGAUACCAACUUGACAUACAAGGAUGCCAGGAAUUUCUGUCAAACUACCUAUACUGACUUAGUGGCCAUUCAAAACAGAGAAGAAAAUGACUACCUGAACAGCAUUCUUCCAUUCAACCCCACCUACUACUGGAUUGGGAUACGUUUAAUUAAAAACCAAUGGACCUGGGAAGGAACCAAAAAAGUAUUGACAGAGGAGGCAAAGAACUGGGCCUUGGGUGAACCCAACAACAAGAAGAGUAACGAGGAUUGUGUAGAGAUGUACGUCAAAAGAGAACAAGAUCCUGGAAAAUGGAAUGAUGAGCCUUGUAAAAGAAAGAAAGUUGCUUUGUGUUAUACAGCUGCUUGUAGCCCUUCCUCAUGCAGUGGCCAUGGGGAAUGCAUCGAAACCAUCAACAAUUACACCUGCAGUUGCUAUGAAGGGUUUUAUGGAUCUUCAUGCGAGCAUGUUGUGGAGUGCCCACACCUUGUAGUCCCAGAACUUGCUUCUAUGAAAUGUGAAAAUGAGAAUGGGAAAUUCAACUAUAACUCAAAUUGUUCAUUUUCAUGCGAUGAGGGUUUCACUUUGACUCGCUCAAAUGCUCUGCAGUGCACCUCAUCUGGAUCUUGGAGCUUGGAUGUUCCUGCAUGUGAAGCUGUGGUUUGUCCAACGAUUCCAAUCCCAGAACAUGGUUUCAUGGUGUGUAAGGAUGAUUAUGGAGAAUUUCAGUACAAUUCAGAGUGUUCAUUUUCAUGCAACGAAGGUUUCAUCUUGACUGGAUCCAAUUCUCUGCAGUGCACCUCAUCUGGAUCUUGGAGCUCAGGUGUCCCCACAUGUGAAGCUGUGGUCUGUCCAUCUAUUACCAUCCCAGAACACGGUUCCAAGGAGUGUGAGAAUGAUUAUGGAGAAUCCAAGUACAACUCAAAUUGUUCAUUUUCAUGCAGUGAAGGUUUCAUCUUGUCUGACUCCAAAUCUGUGCAGUGCACCUCAUCUGGAUCUUGGAGCUCUGGUGUUCCUUCAUGUCAAGCUGUGCAAUGUGAGACUUUAAAAGACCCGGAAAAUGGCCUUGUAAAAUGUCCAGAAAAUCCAGAGUACAACUCCACCUGUUUGUUUACCUGUGCAGAAGGGUAUAACCUGUUUGGAUUAUCAGAACUCCAGUGUUUGGCAUCUGGAAAGUGGACAUCUUCUCCACCCAUAUGUGAAGUUGUACAGUGUGCAUCUCUGAACAAUCCUGAAAAUGGCUGGGUUAAAUGCCAAGAAAAACCUCAUUAUAAAUCCAAGUGUACCUAUGCCUGUGCAGAAGGCUACAAGUUGUCUGGAUCAUCAGAACACCAGUGUCUACCAUCUGGAGAGUGGACGUCCUCUGCACCUACAUGUGAAGCAGUGGAAUGCAAAGUUCCUCUUAUUCCGGACAUGGGCAAAAUGAACUGUUCUCAUCCUUUUGGAGACUUUAAAUAUGGCUCUGUCUGCAAAUUUGACUGCGAGGGAGAUCGACUUUUGAAUGGGACAAAUACCCUUGAGUGUGAAAGUACUGGAACAUGGAGCUCAGAGGUCCCAAUAUGUGAAGCCCCCAAGAUUGUACCUGACUCUGAUGUAACCAAUGUAGCAGUUGGAGUUGCAGCAACUGGAGCUUCACUUUUAUCAGUCACUUCCCUAUUACUGUGGCUUGUAAAGCGUCUUCGGAAAUCAGCAAAGAAAUUUACACCUUCAAGUAGCUGCCAGAAACUUGAAGAAGCUGGUGUUUAUCAAAAUAUAGAAGAUCAUAUUUAGGUGAUCACAUCAUGGCAAGCUCCGUGUUCCUAAACGUUAAAGACUACAAAGUAACAAGAGUAGUUGAAGACGGUUGAGUCAACCUUCUGGUUUCACAUCAUACCACACCAACAUUAACUGCAGUGUAGAGUAUUUCUGUCAUUAUUGAUAAAAUCAAGUUGUCUUUAAUUUUGAAAUUCUGUAUUUUAGGUAUACACCACCUGCUUUAUCAUUUCAGAAAUGUGAACGUUCAGUUCUGAUAAUUAUGAAGUGUAAAAUGGUACAAUGCAUUUAACUGACAAGCAAGAUUCAUAUCUGGCAGCUAAUGUUUCAGUAAUGGCUGUAUGCCGAGAAUAUCAAGGCAAAUAGAAAUAUGUAAUGUGACUUGAGAAUUGUGCAGGCUACUACUGAACAUGUGUGAAAGAAUAGCUUGCUGAUAAUUCAUAAUGAAACAUAUUAUUACUAUUUUUUAUUCACGCUCAUCAUGGUCAAAAACAAAAUUUAAGGUAUCUGUUUGUAACAGUGCAGAAUAUAACUUCUUCCCUAUGGGACAGCGCACACACAUUUAUUUAGUGGUGCAUGGAUUAUAAAAUCCUUAAAACUAAUUGCCAAUGGUUCAGACAAUUUUUAGACAAAAACAUGGAGUCCUAUCUAGCAUUACAUAACCCUUUUAUUACCAUUAGUGAUGGGCGAAUAUGCGCCGUUUCGCUUCGCCGAAAAAUUUGC